GCGUAUCGUAUAUUAUAUAUAAUGCCAUUUACGACUACAACUUCUUCACCUUCAGCGAAUCACCCACUGGCACGCUCCCUGGUGCUCAGAUGACUUCUUACCUCUCCAUCCAGAAUGACACAGAUAUCACGUUUGCCAUCAAAUUGGGAAAAGACAUGGAAGCCGAGAAGUGGGCCAGAAUCUUCACGACGGUGACGGAUAAAGCAAGCAGUGUCGAAGGGCUCCAAGAACCUAUAGGCGUUUCGAUGGAUGCGCUGGCUAGUCUUGCAGAGAUGGCUGCUGUCGCACCAGGCACUGACAGUGCAUUUCGUACCAAAGCAUCGUCCUAUAUUGCCAUGCAAAUUACCAAGCAUGUCAAAAAGGUUGCUAACAUGCAGCUGCUCGAACCAGGCAAUAAUUGGCGUUCUGACCCCAUGAAAUGUGGAGAGUGGCUGAUAUGCCACUGCUUUGCGGCCCGGGUCAAUCCCAAAGAUUCCAGCCAGGUCCUGAUAGGCUCCGUGUACAUGAGGCCAAUCAACAGUGGUGAAACAUACACGUCCAUAAAUAAGUACAACAUCUCCGAUUGGGUCGCCAAGGAUGGCUGGGUGGAUGUGAGAUCCAUUGUUCUCCCGCCAGAAGUCAUCCAAAUACAGACUCUACACCGUGGCGGCACGG